GCUAUCUCAGAGCUUCUAUUGAUCUCCAUGAUAGCCCCUCUUCGGUUGCUUUCCAGAAGGUCAAGCUUACUGCUAUCGAUUUUUUUCUUCGCACCAGCGUCUUAGAUCGAUCGCCAUUGCUUCAUAUUAUUGCUCUCACUUUUGAUUAUUCAAACUCACCUUUUCGCAUCUGAAAUUAGACGCUAGUGCUAGCGCGCCAGUGUGGGCUUCUUCUUCUCACUUUGUCUUGCACCUCUUCCCCUUCAACUAACCUUCAUUCAAUAUCUACAACCUCCGUUACAAUCCUCGAUGCUCAAUCCUUUAACCUCUUUACUACAGUUGGUCAACCUAUUCAAGCCUUCUUUACUGUCUUGCUCAUAUUCCGAGACAAUCUUCGUGACCUCAAGAUGGCAGACUUCGGUGUCAAACUUGAGGCUGAGCAGUCGCCUUCACCCAAGGACAGUCCAGUCUUCGUGGGCGACGAUGAGAAUGAUACUCCACGUAGCUCAUCUCCAUUUACAUUUACUGCUCACUCUCCCGGGCGCAAUCACUCACCAUCACCUACUCCCUCAUUCGCAGACGAGGCUCCCAGCCAUACUAUUCCAACAUGGCAGCGAUGUGGCAAUCUUGAAAGGUCGACACAAGUUGAUAUUAAGGAAGAAGCCGUUAAAAAUGGUCUCACUACACUCAAAGAAUUAGAAGCUGCUCUUCAGCACCACCCAGAAUUUUGGAGUUCUACCAAGUGGCUGGAACGUAUUGCGGCAAUACGUGCAGCUAAGAAAGAGUGCCGAGUUCUAAUUGGGUUUCUCGGAGUUACUGGGGCUGGAAAAUCCACCCUCAUCAACUCCGUUCUCGGCCUUGAGGAUCUCUUACCUGCCGAUGAUGAAAAAGCUUGCACCGCUGUCAUCUGUGAAAUUUCGUGGAACCCUAGAAAUGACCCAGCUACUGCCUAUGUGGCUAUUAUUGAUCGCAUCAGUAAGGAGGACUGGGAGUCUGAGCUAGAAAAUCUUUUUCGGGACCUUGCAGAUAAGAUAUCUAACAAGGAUGGAGACAUCGAAGAGCCAGAUCUUGAGCGAGAUGAGCGGAUCAAAACUGCCUUCGGCAAAGUUAAGUGUGUCUAUCCGUCCAUCAAAAGCCUUGAGGCAUUGCAGCGUCAAACUGUUACCACUCUCAUGAACCAUUGUAAUGUUCGGGAUAUCCUGGGCCAAAGCAAGACUAUUAGGAGCGAUGAUCUUCUAAAGUUUGCUGAUAGUAUCAAGCCUUACAUUGAUAGUAGCAAUUUCAAGGAAGAGAAUGGCACCUAUGAAUUCGCCCAGUGGCCUCUUGUCAAGCUUGUUCGCCUCCAAAUCAAGGCUGAAGUUCUCAAGACUGGCAUCGUUCUUGUCGAUCUCCCAGGUUCAAUGGAUACCAACACAGCUCGUGGAGCCCUUGCCGCAACUUACACGAAAAACUUGACACUCAGCUGUGUUGUUUCGCCAACGAGCAGAGCAGCUUCAGACAAGCCAGCUCAAGAUUUACUUGGAUCUAUCACAAAGCGUUACUUGCAGUUGGAGGAUCAAUUCUCAAGCGACCAUCUCUGCUUUAUCGUUACCAAGAUUGAUUCAUCUAUGAGUGUGGCCCGAUACAUCAGGACCCAUCCGGAAGUCAGCAAACGACUCACAGAUGUUUAUGAGAAAGAAGCAACAAAUCAAAAAGGCAUUGAAUUUAUGAGUGGCAUCGAGGCUAACUAUAAGCAAAGUAUAGAGGAGAGUAAGCAAGAUUUUGCUGAACGCAAUAACAAGAUAAAAGAACUCGGAGCACGUAUUAGGAAUUUCAAGUCAAAGCGCAAGCGUGACGAUCAAUCAGCUCCCAUUGCGCCUGGAUUAGCGGCGGAGCAGAAUCAAAACAAGACGCAAUAUUUUGAACUCCAGAGGGAUACUCAGGAGCUUCAGAAUAAAAUCAAUGGUUAUGAAAGCCGGCUCUAUAAAGCUCAGAAAAAAUUGGCAGAAUUCCGUGAUAAAGAGUGGAUGCUUGAGUCAAGAAAGGUGAAAGCAUGUAUUCAAAACCGAAAUGCAGUUUCCACUACAGCGUUACGAGAUGAUUUCGAGGCUGUUAGGAAGCAAAUGGGAGAGAAGAAGGCAGAAAAGCCCUUGCAAGUCUUUUGUGUUUCUUCUACGGCAUUUUUUGACCUUAUGAUGAGACAGAGAUCGAAGCAGGGGUUUUUCAUGAAGAAAGACACUGGAAUUCCAGCUUUGAUAGCAUGGCUGAUCGGUGCUACACUGGGUACUCGUAGCCGGAAUGCUGAAUCAUUCCUAGCGGAUAUUGAAAGUCUAGAGACUUCGCUGCGAUUAUGGGCCGCUGAUACCACUAUUGAGUAUAAACUGCCCGACGCUCAAAAAGAUGAAAUUGAAAACGCUUUUGAUGAGCAAGUAGAUGUUCUAUGCAAGAAGUUAAAAGACCUUAACACACGCACAGUCGAUCAGAUUAUGAAGCAUUUCGAGAAUGGUAUCUUUAAGCAUAUGCCACUAACAGAGAAGAAGGCUGUUGUAAAGAGUGAGAUCGCUGUUAGAGGUUGGGCCCAGCGACCAAUGGCAUGGGGAACACACCGAGCUUGUAAUCGCAAUCGGGGAGAUUGGAAGAGCAAUACUGGUACAGUACAUCAUUGGAAUGAUGAUUUAGGUGCCUUGUACCUCGAUGACUACAUGAUCAAGCACUGGCGCAAAACAGUUCACAAGACUUUGCCCGAAUUUCAUCAAAAGUACAACCACUCACUCGGCGUUGUCAUCAACGGAUUCGUUGAUGAUGUUGUGAGUGCAGCUACAACCAUCUGUCCUCAAGUUGCCGAGCCUUUGGGCCUUUGGAAGCAGAGUGUCAUGAAAGGUGCUAAGCCAUUGAAGGAUAACGCCGAAGAAAUUUUCCAGACCAAAAUCAAAUCCACAGCUACUGAUGCACAUCAGCUCAUCGUUCCAAAGAUCCGAGAGAUAUGGUUACCAAUCUACGAAAAAUGCGGUGAAGAAUUUGGCAAAGGCCAUUUCAAGCGCAACAUGGAGACCCAUGUUGAGUUUAUUCAGAAACACGGUCGACCCGUGUAUAAGAAAUGUUCCAAGGUAGUUCGUGGGCUUUUUCAAAAGCUUGGUACCACGCUUCCAGACGAAUUCUCCAAGAGUACUGAUACAGCAACCGCUAAGAUCAAGGAAGAGUUUUGCAUGAUGAUGGAUAAUCAUACAAUAAAGGAUACCAGCCCGACAGGCGGAGCCGGUGGAGUUUGUCCAUCCAAGGUUAAGUUGCGGGAUGCGCUCAACUUAAGUUUCGCGACUCUGCACUCUGCCUGGGGUGAAGAAGCUGCAGAAGCAGUUGUGGAGGAGGAAGAAGAAGAGGCCGAAGAAGAGGAGAUCGACAUAUCCGAGUUUAAGGCAGAGGGCACUGAAGAAGACACCUUUGUGGUCUCCGAUAUCAGUGAUGUCGAGGAUGAUGCAAAGGAUGGCGAUUACGUUCCAGGACCUUAGAAUGUUUGCUCAUUCCCCAGCCCUCAACCUCGCAGUUCACAUCAUAUUUCCCAUUUGUUCCUCUAUUUUGCAUCGUCCUGCAUCAGACGAGCUUCCCUGCCAGCGAGUACAACUUCUUAUCAGAAGAUCGAAAACUGCCAUCUUGCUCCGCUACGCAUUCACGCGUGUUUAUCAGCAUUCAAUUAUCAAAUAUUCAUUAUCUCACGAAGUUACGAAUUUACGGCCUUGCGAACAACAAAUCCCAAUAUCAAUAUAUUCUAUUCCUAGAGCAUUACGUUAGUUACCAGAUCUUUGGAUCAGGCAUUCAACAGUGAUAUUAGACAGGAGACAACCCAAUAGUCACAGUUUUACAUCUACGUUUUUAUUACCAGAUCUGAGCUGUCAGAUGACGACAGGCACGAUCUCAUAUCAUCCCCUUGCUACUUCUCUUUAUUUCCUUAGUUCUUUAGUUAUCUAGCUGCUAAUUGAAAAUUGAUAAACA